CUCUCAGGAGGAGAUGAUCGCCGGGUUCUGCUAUGGCACAUGGAACAAGCUAUCCACUCCAGAGUCAAGCCCAUACAGCUUAAAGGAGAGCAUCAUUCUAACAUUUUCUGCCUGGCUUUCAACAGUGGGAACACCAAAGUAUUCUCUGGAGGAAAUGAUGAACAAGUUAUCCUCCAUGAUGUUGAAAGCAGCGAGACCUUGGACGUGUUUGCUCACGAAGAUGCAGUAUAUGGCUUGUCAGUAAGCCCAGUGAAUGACAACAUUUUUGCCAGCUCCUCAGAUGAUGGCCGGGUUCUCAUCUGGGACAUCCGGGAGUCUCCCCAUGGAGAGCCUUUUUGCCUGGCAAACUAUCCAUCAGCCUUUCACAGUGUCAUGUUUAACCCUGUGGAGCCCAGGUUGUUGGCCACAGCCAAUUCAAAGGAAGGAGUGGGACUCUGGGAUAUUCGAAAACCUCAGAGUUCUCUCCUACGCUAUGGUGGCAACCUGUCCCUUCAAAGUGCCAUGAGUGUGCGAUUCAACAGCAACGGGACUCAGCUCCUGGCCCUGAGGCGUCGCCUGCCCCCUGUGCUUUAUGACAUCCACUCCCGCCUGCCUGUGUUCCAGUUUGACAAUCAGGGUUACUUCAACUCUUGUACCAUGAAAAGCUGCUGUUUUGCAGGAGAUCGUGACCAGUAUAUCCUUUCAGGCUCUGAUGACUUCAACCUGUACAUGUGGAGAAUUCCUGCAGAUCCAGAAGCAGGUGGCAUUGGUAGAGUGGUCAACGGAGCCUUCAUGGUGCUGAAAGGGCAUCGGUCUAUUGUUAACCAGGUCCGAUUUAACCCCCACACCUACAUGAUCUGCUCUUCUGGUGUAGAAAAGAUUAUCAAGAUCUGGAGCCCGUACAAGCAGCCAGGAUGUACCGGAGACCUUGACGGUCGGAUUGAGGAUGAUUCCCGCUGCCUCUACACCCACGAAGAGUACAGCAGCCUUGUGCUGAACAGUGGGAGUGGCCUGUCGCACGACUCCAACCAGUCUGUGCAGGAGGACCCCCGGAUAAGGGCCUUCUUUGACUCGCUGGUGCGCUGCGAGAUCGAGGGCUGGAGCUCUGACUCUGACAGCGACCUGAGCGAGAGCACCAUCCUCCAGCUGCACGCGGGGGUCAGCGAGCGCUCAGGUUAUACCGACUCCGAGUCCUCGGCCUCGCUGCCCCGCUCCCCGCCACCUACAGUGGAGGAGUCUGCAGACAGCGCCUUCCACCUGGGGCCCCUGCGGGUCACCACCUCGAACGCAGUGGCCGCAACUCCUCCGCCACCCGCUUGCAAGGAUGCAACUUCCCGCCAGCAGUGCCUGUCGACUCUGCGGCGCUACCAGGACAAACGCCUCCUGGCGCUCUCCAAUGAGUCGGACUCUGAAGAAAAUGCCUGUGAGGUUGAACUGGACACGGAUCUCUUCCCCCGGCCUCGGUCUCCCAGUCCCGAAGAUGAGUCCAGCAGCUCCAGCAGCUCUAGUAGCUCUGAGGACGAGGAGGAACUGAAUGAACGCCGAACGUCCACCCGGCAGCGGAAUGCCAUGCGGCGCAGGCAAAAGGCGCCCCGAGAAGAGAAGCCCAGCGCCCCACCCAAGCCCGCCAACACCUACAUUGGAGAAGACAACUAUGAUUAUCCCCAGAUCAAAGUGGAUGACCUCUCCUCCUCCCCCACCUCCUCUCCUGAGCGGAGCACUUCCGCUCUGGAGAUGCAGCCAGGCCGGGCAUCACCAACUUCAGACAUUGAGUCAGUGGAGUGCAAGAUUUAUAAAGCUUACAAGUGGCUCCGCUACUCCUAUAUCUCCUACUCAAAUAAGGAUGGAGAGAGCUCCCUGGUGUCUGGGAAAGCAGACGAAGGGAGUGCGGGAACCAGCCAUAAGGACAGCCCAGGCCCUUCCUCCAGUAAGGAAACCUGUCUAAACACCUUGGGGGCCCAAAGGAACCAGGACCUACCCCCUGAAGGCUGCAGCAAGGAUGCUUUAAAAGAAGGAACUUCUGCUAAAAAUCCCAGCAUUGCCCCAGGCCAUGAGCACAGUGGCCACUCUCGGGCAGAGGCACCAGAGGACACCGCUCCGGACACUAACAACAGUGGCUCCGUAGAACACUCUUUUGAAACCAAGAAGCUCAGUGGAAAGGCUCUGAGCAAGGCCCUGAGCAGCCGGGCCGAGGAGCCGCCUUCUCCUCCUGUCCCCAAGGCAUCUGGCUCUACUCUCAACAGUGAGUCUGGCAACUGUCCCAGGACCCAAUCUGACGACAGUGAAGAGAGAAGCCUCGAAACCAUCAGUGCCAACCACAAUAAUGGACGCUUACACCCUCGCCCCCCUCACCCUCACAACAAUGGACAGAACUUUGGGGAGCUGGAAGCAGUGGCCUGCUCUUCUCCAGGACAUUCAGACAAUGACCAUAACUUGUCCUUCACAGGGGGACUCCUACACAAAGAUCGUUGUGGGUCUGAAAUGGCCUGUGAGACCCCCAGUGCUGGAAUGAGAGAGGACCCCACUGACUCCCCAGGCAUAGACAGCAGCAGGGCUGUUCAUGGCCAUGGUGGCCUCAAAAGGCACCGAGUCGAAUUGGAAGAUACAGAUUCAGAGAAUUCCUCCUCAGAGAAGAAACUAAAAACAUGAUAAAUACAAAGGGAAAACAAAAAGCUACAAAAAGGAGCUUUACAAAAAAAUUUUUAAUCCUGUUUAGUGAAUACAGAGGAAAGGAAAAAAAGUAUUAAAGGCACAUAAAACCAGGGCCUGAAUUUUG